AUGGCCCAGCGGGCGCGCAGGGGGCAGGGGCAGGACGAGGAGGAGGAAGCGGAGGAGGGGGAGGCGGCGAGGGGCAGCCAAGCGCGGGCCAGGAGCCAUGCGGAGCCCGCGGCGAGCGGCGGCAGGACCCAGGACCGGCAUGAGAGGAAGCGGAAGAGGCAGGAGGCGCAGCAGCUCCAGAAGAUCCAGCACCUGGAGUCUUUCUAUGAGAAACCUCCCCCUGGGCUAAUUAAGGAGAAUGAAACAAAACCAGAAGACUGCAUACCUGAUGUACCAGGCAAUGAAAGUGCACGAGAAUUCCUGGCACAUGCCCCAACAAAAGGGCUUUGGAUGCCUUUGGGAAAAGAAGUCAAAGUUAUGCAGUGUUGGAGAUGUAAACGUUAUGGACACAGAACAGGAGAUAAGGAGUGCCCAUUCUUUAUUAAAGGCAAUCAGAAAUUGGAGCAAUUUAGAGUAGCACAUGAAGAUCCAAUGUAUGAUAUAAUAAGGGAAAAUAAGCGUCAUGAAAAAGAAAAGAGGAUACAGCAACUGAAGCAGCUCCUGGAGGACUCUACCUCAGAAUCUGAUAGCAGUGAUGACAGUGAUGAGGAUGAUGAAGAUGGCAGCAGCUCCACUUCCUCAGAACAUAAACACAAGAAGAAAAAGAGAAAAAAGGAAAAGAAAAAGAAAGAAAAGAAAAAGAAGAAAAAGAGGAAGCAUAAAUCAUCCAAAUCUAAUGACAAGUCAGAAUCUGACUGACAGCAGUCACCUGCUGCAUGCUCAUUGACCUCUCUACUUGUGAGCUGCGAGGAAAGAUUCAGAAAAUGAGGAAGAAAACACCAGAAAGGGCUUUAUUAAACUUGAAACAUACAUGUGUAUGCACACAGCAUCCUACACUGGCAUCCUCUUCUGCCCCUCUGCAGUCAGAAAGAAGAAAGCUGCAUUAAACCAUAUCUUUGUGCUGUAAAACCCAUGCUGAGAGUCAUCCAGCUUGGUCAGAUGGGACCUCUGCAUUGCUGCCCGUGACCAGCAGCAGAAAAUGGCUACCACCAAGGGAUCACCGACAAACCUGCAGCAUUAGCAGACUCUCUGUUGAAGUAUCUUUACUCCAUGAAGUUAUUUUAUUAUAUACAAAGCCUCACUGUAACAGGACUGCAGUUUGCACCAUGCAGAGCACUAAGAGUUCCCUUACAGUGCUUAUAACGAGCAGUUUGUACUGUAUUUUCUUCUCUGCAUACGUGCUGAAAUUGUGUACUUAUCCUAAUAUUGGCAGCUAGGGAAAUAAAGAUUGCUGCAGGGGAAAAAAGUAAUCAAGGGGAUUUACUUUAAGACAAAA